GUAAACAGGCGGAGGCUGGGGCUGGGUGGGAAUGGGGCACCCGAGGCCGGUCGGGGGCGCAGCGCAGGAGGCGGCCCCGGCGGCGGCGUGAGCGCGAGGAGGUGGCGGCUGCGGCGGCGGGCGGUCGCGCGGCGGCGGCGCAGAAACAAAAGUUUCCAGAAAACCAAAGGAGUGUGCACAAUCUGAUGUUGAAACUGAACUUCUUGUAGCUGGCAGUUUGUAUAGCGUCUGACAGAUGUUGAGUACCUCUGUUUCCCUCAGAUUGAAGCCGCCACACCGCCCCAGGUGAUGGGCAGGUGACAGACGCCCUCCUCACUGUUGUCAGGAAGGCAGCAUGACCGAGUGCUUCCUGCCCCCCACCAGCAGCCCCGGUGAGCACCGCAGGGUGGAGCAUGGCAGUGGGCUCACCCGCACCCCCAGCUCCGAGGAGAUCAGCCCCACUAAGUUUCCUGGACUGUACCGCACAGGCGAGCCCUCGCCUCCCCACGACAGCCUCCACGAGCCUCCUGAUAUAGUGUCUGAUGAUGAAAAGGACCAUGGAAAGAAAAAAGGAAAAUUUAAGAAAAAGGAAAAAAGGACUGAAGGCUAUGCUGCCUUUCAGGAAGAUAGCUCUGGAGAUGAAGCCGAAAGUCCAUCCAAAAUGAAGAGGUCCAAGGGGAUCCAUGUUUUCAAGAAGCCCAGCUUUUCUAAAAAGAAAGAGAAGGAUUUUAAAAUAAAAGAGAAACCCAAAGAGGAAAAACAUAAAGAAGAAAAGCACAAAGAGGAAAAACAUAAAGAGAAGAAGUCAAAAGACUUGACAGCAGCUGAUGUGGUUAAACAGUGGAAGGAAAAGAAGAAAAAGAAGAAGCCAAUUCAGGAGCCAGAGGUGCCUCAGGUAGAUGUCCCAAACCUCAAACCCAUCUUUGGUAUUCCCCUGGCUGAUGCGGUGGAGAGGACCAUGAUGUACGACGGCGUCCAACUGCCAGCCGUCUUCCGGGAGUGUGUGGACUACGUGGAGAAGCACGGCAUGAAGUGCGAAGGCAUCUACAGAGUGUCAGGAAUUAAAUCCAAGGUGGAUGAGCUGAAAGCAGCCUAUGACAGAGAGGAGUCUCCAAACUUGGAAGAGUAUGAGCCUAACACCGUAGCCAGUUUGCUGAAGCAGUACCUGCGGGACCUACCAGAGAACCUGCUGACCAAGGAGCUGCUGCCCCGCUUUGAGGAGGCUUGUGGGCGGAGCUCAGAGGGUGAGAAGGUACAAGAGUUCCAGCGCCUGCUGGAGGAGCUGCCCGCCUGUAACCAUCUGCUGAUCUCCUGGCUUAUCGUGCACAUGGACCACGUCAUAGCCAAGGAGCUGGAGACAAAGAUGAACAUUCAGAACAUUUCUAUAGUGCUCAGUCCAACCGUCCAGAUUAGCAAUCGUGUCCUAUAUGUGUUUUUCACACAUGUGCAAGAGCUCUUUGGAAAUGUGACACUGAAGCAAGUGACAAAACCUCUGCGGUGGUCUAACAUGGCCACGAUGCCCACACUGCCUGAGGCCCAGGAGAGCAUCAAGGAGGAGAUCAGAAGACAGGAGUUUCUUUUGAAUUGUUUACAUCGAGAUCUGCAGGGCGGGAUAAAGGAUUUAUCUAAAGAGGAAAGAUUAUGGGAAGUACAGAGAAUUUUGACAGCCCUCAAAAGAAAACUGAGAGAAGCUAAAAGACAAGAGUGUGAAACCAAGAUUGCACAAGAGAUAGCCAGUCUUUCAAAAGAAGAUGUUUCCAAAGAAGAAAUGAAUGAAAAUGAAGAAGUCAUAAAUAUUCUUCUUGCCCAGGAGAAUGAGAUCCUGACUGAGCAGGAGGAGCUCCUGACUGUGGAGCAGUUCCUGCGCCGGCAGAUCGCCACAGAGAAGGAAGAGAUCGAGCGGCUCAGAGCGGAGAUUGCCGAGAUCCAGAGCCGCCAGCAGCACGGCCGCAGCGAGACGGAGGAGUACUCGUCGGAGAGUGAGAGUGAGAGUGAGGAUGAGGACGAGCUGCAGCUCAUCCUGCAGGACCUGCAGCGGCAGAACGAGGAGCUGGAGAUCAAGAACAACCACCUGAACCAGGCGAUCCACGAGGAGCGCGAGGCCAUCGUGGAGCUGCGCGUGCAACUCCGCCUGCUCCAGCUGCAGCGCACCCGGCCGGAGCCCCCAGCCGAGCCCGAGCCGGGCGCCAGGGAGCCGCCCCCCGGGGGCAAGGAGCAGCCCCGGCCAUCGCCGGGCAGGGACCGGAAGGAGACGCCCAUCUGAGUGCCACCACCGCUGUCCAUCCUGCAGAGACGCGCCUCCUCCAGGCGGGUGGCGCCCCACGCAGGGGACGUGAGGACAGAGCAGCACGUGGUGCAGGCUUUCCAGAGGGUGUCGGCUUCUUUGAAGAUUAAUUUCCUUUGUUAACUUAAAAUAACUAUUUUAACCCUUGAGUGGCUUCUUUUUAAACCAAAAAUUGUCUUUCUUUGCUUUUUUUAUUACGGCAGAAUCAGGAUUUUUUCUCUCGUUCAAGGGGGAACCAAACAAGGCAGCCCCGCUCCUGCCCGCGCCGCGUGUCCCCCUGCAGGGUCUCUGCUGCCCGCCACUCUCGCCUGUGCCUUCACGCCUCCGCGGUGCAGGUCCUGUCCCGGGAGCUGCCUCACGUUUCCCGACUGGCCGGAGUGGUUCUCACGGGGUGACCUUCCCAGCUCGUCAUCCCCUCCUCGGACAGCCCCCCAUGCUGGGCCUGAGUCCAAGUCACCAGAGUGGCCUGCGCAGUCGCAGACAGAGCUGCCCAUGGAGCCCGCCAGCCAGCUGGCCAGUAUCACUGGGUCGUGGGAGGCGGCUGCCUGGACCUGGGGCAUCUGCACAGAGGAUCUGCUUCUCCGAUCUUCCAUUUGAACAGAACGUCGUGGGUUGCUUGCUUGGGCUAGAAUGUAAGCAUCUCUUUGCCUGAAUAAGCCAUAUGGAUGGGUAGCUAUGCUCUUAAACAAGAUUUCAGAUGUCAGUGUCCACACGGGCCCCGUGAACUGCUGCUGGAUGCCCAGUUGGCCAGGCUGAGCAAUAGGAAAUGGCUUUCCUCUGGAGUCAGCCAGGCCUGAUCCCACCACGUCCCUGGUGACACGAGGCGUCUGGGAGGCUGGCUUGCAGGCACUCAGGCCAGUCCCACCCUGUCUGAAUAAGUGGCUCCACGAGGCUGUCAGCGCUCACCGCUGUGAAGACAAACCCCACACACUCAAGGUGAUGGAAACACCCCCCACGAGGGCUCUGUCCUCUCCUCCUGGUUAGUAUUUAUUUUCAGCACCUGUUUAAUGCAGUUUUUUAUUCUCUACCUAUUGCACUGUUGUGACUUGUUGGCCAUUAUUUGAUUUUUGUACGAAAAAAGCUUUGUUAUAGAAAUCAGCAUACUAUUUUUUUAAAUCUGGAGAGAAGAUAUUAUGGUGACUGAAAAUACGGUCAGGUGUCAAAUAUAAAUGUAUAAGAGCCUUCUUGCUGUCCUGUCGGUCACGUUACAUUCAUUUUAUAUUUGCUGGCAACAUUGGUUUCUUUUUUGUUUGUGUAAACUCUAAUUUCUAUCAUGGUGUCAUGAAUUUUUAAAAUUAGUAUUUCAUUACAUUUGUCUCAGCGUUGGUUAACUAAUUUUUGCCAGGACCAUUAUUGAUCAAAUAAAUUCAACAGCCAUUUGAGGAAAAAAAA